AUGAAUACCAUAAAGAAGUUUAAAGCUCUUGUUGUUGAUGAUGAUUCUAUUAAUAGAGCCAUCAAUAUGAAGUUUUUAGGUAGAAAUGGAUUUGAAAUAAUUAAGAUUGCUAAAAAUGGGCAAGAAGCCGUUGAGUAUUUUCAUGCUGGUGACAAAUUUGAUUUAGUUGUCAUGGACAUGGAAAUGCCUAUAAUGGAUGGCAUUCAGGCAACAAAGGAAAUUCGAGCUAUGGGUGUGAAGAGUUUGAUCAUUGGUAUGUCUGCAUCUUCUUCACAAGCAAAGAUUCAAGAGUUUGUUAGUGCUGGGUUGGAUGAUUUUUACGCUAAACCUAUGAAUAUGGCUAAACUUGCAGCUAUUAUGGGUCACCCUACCUUCAAUGAGUGA